ACCUAAUGUAUCACCGUCUGGUCAUUAACCACCUUGUUUUCUGUGCUUAGUUUAGUUACACGUGUAGUUUCAACAUGAACAGCAUUAGAAAUAAUUGACACAACGUACAUAUACAUUGAAUACUUUAUGUAUGAGGGAUUCAGUGUUCAGAAAUGAUUGCUUCCAUAUCCCGAGGCAUUGUCUUCAUAACGCUAUUAGUUAAGAUGCAGUCCUCAACAGACUUUAUGGACCCCGAGCCUGAUUGUGAUAUUUUGAUCCCGGCGCCAGACAGCAUGCAAUCAAAUUACUAUGAGGAUUACAAGAAGUUGUUUGGAUUUGACGAAACAGUCACCAGGCCUAAGGAAUGGAUUAUUGACCAAGCCCUGGUUGUGUCUCAGAAAAUCUACCCCCGAUGCGGUAACAUGGAUCAUGUGACCCCUGUCACUUCCAUGGAGGAUAUCGUCCAACAGAGUAAAAACAUGUGGCCAUGGAUCGUUCGGUUUUUAUCUGAUUACAACUGCUUUGGGAGCUACCUGUCUCCCCGUUGGAUCAUCACUUCGGCCUCCUGCAUCAAGACCAACCUUUUGAUAGUUCGCCGUCCGAACUAUAACCUGACCGGAGACACGGUUUUCGUCAGCACUUUCUUCCUGCACGAAGAGUACGACCGGAUCAACGGUAAGAACGACAUCGCCCUGAUCAGCCUGGACGAGGAGGACUACAUCCGCCCUGUCUGCCUCCCCAUGUUGAACAUCGCCCUGGAGCACAAGGACACGGUGUGCUACUUGAUCGGCUACGCCUCGGCGGAGAGGCUCCACCUGUUUCAAUGGAAGGUGAACUUUGAGGACUCGUACAUCUGCGACGCCGCACUGCAGAACUCGUCGAUGUACGUGGAAAGCCACGCCUGCGUGUCUCCUGAGCUGAGAUACGAGGAGAGGUGCCUCAAGGGUAAAGGUGGCCACCCAGUCUCCUGCUUCUACGGGUUCUCUUGGCAUGUGGUGGCCGUGACGAGUCCCAGGCAGUUGGAUUGCACCCAAGACUUCCACAAUGACCUCAUUUUCGUAACAAACAUCACAAGUUUCGUCCCUUGGAUCUACAGUGUUGUCAAACACAAAGUCGAUGACUGACAAACUAGCAUUUACUGACUGACGGGGGUCUUGAUUUAUACCAUAAAUAAAAUGUUACUCCAUAGAUAUUUUAAUUCUUGCUAUAAUUUGUACUAUUUAUUUAACUUGUCUCUUCAAGAGAUUGUACAAGUAUAUUGAGUUUUUACAAAGCUGUUGGCGUUAUUUCUUCGACAUCCAAUCUCGGAUCAAGUUGAAAUUUCGCGCAAUUAUUUCUUGUACCUGACAAAAGAAGUACAACUA